AUGGUUCAUCUUACUGAAGAACAAAGAAUUCGUAUUUGCACUUUAUUAGACGAAGCAGUUUAUACCCAACCUGAACUUGCAUUACAAUAUAAAGUUAGUAGUAGUACUAUAUUACGCCUUUAUAAUAAAUAUAAAAAAACAAAAAGUACAAAAGACUUACCAAAGUCUGGUUGUCCUCCUAUUUUAACAAAUCGAGAAGAGCGUCGAGCUGUCCGUUAUAUUAUUAGUGGAGAGUGUUCAACUGCAGUUCAA